AUGGCGGUUGAACACCUUCCCAACAGCUUGCUCAGCCCAUGUCAGAUGUGUGAGUUCGUCGUUCACAACGGCUACUAUUGGGUGGCUGGUGAAUGGAUGGAGCCGCACGGCGACUACUUCUUCCACAGCAUAUCGGAAAGACUGCAUCAGGGCGAUGCUGAAGCCUGGGUUCCAGCAAGGCAGACGACGUUGCUAGAGCACGACGGGCUCUACUUGGUGAUCGCUGAGUGGAUGCCGCCAAGCGGGCGAGAUGAUCCAGUUGAAUGGUGCGACUACUUUGUCAAGUCCAUCUUGGAGAGGUUGAAGCCAAAGGACCUUCGGCGCACCGAAGAUCUGCAGGGUAUGGAAGACCAGCUCUCCCUGCGUCUCAGUAAUAUGAUUGGCAAGGUUGUGCUCUGCCAGCCGAAGGCAGAUGCAUCAGGCUACCCUCCGAGCCUCAGCAAGCAGCACUUCCGAGAUGGCCCCUGGCGAAUCAGGGACGGUAUCGAGUGGCUUAGGCCACUGGAUAAGACCAUCAGGCCCCCAUCCAUUUCGGAGGUGAUCCGCAAUCCCGGAGACUUCAUCCUGGCAUUUGAUUCGCACUUCAUGCCCGUGCGACACCAGAACGGACAUGGUUUGCAGAUUAAUUCCUCCUCGAAGACGCACCUGUGGUCUGAUCUUCACUUAUCUGCAGAAACAUCUGGCGCAGCAGUCCAGAUGUUGUGGGACGGUGGAUUCACGCUGAAUCCUUACAAUCUCGAUGCUGUUCUUGCUGUCGUGCCCGAUGACCAUGCCCUGUCAGAACUACAGCAGGUUCCUGCAAAGGACUACCAGGGAGGCAAAAACGAAGUGAACUCGGCGCAGAGGCUUCUGCAAGCCUGGACACAAAUCCAGUUCGAGCAACCGCCUCCCAUGGCUCGACGCGCUUCGAGCACUGACUCGGACGGUUCUGGCGACUGGGAGGAACAGGAGCAGGACGCACCUGCAGCGCAUGAUACGUACAUCCGCUGGAGCGAUGCGGAAUGGAUUUGGAGUCCAAUUCCUCGCAGGCCGGUGAUUCACGGAGACCUUGAAGAUGUGGCCGACUAUGUUGGGGGAUCAGACAACAACGACAGCACGUUCUUGCUGCAGGAAAUUCUUGCUCACCUGCCGCAAUAUUUCUUUUCGCCCAAUUAUCUCAGAUCUCUGGCUACAUGUUGCAAAGCAUUGAGAAAACACGUGCUGCAGCCUGACCUCUGGUAUGAUAAAAACUUGUUCUUGAACGAUCCGGAGAUGCAGGACGCUGUGACUGUGCGACAAAUGGAACGUUUGUGGUCCUUGGCCCGAACUAUCACCUGCACUCAGCCGCAGUUGGCAAGCAUGCGUCAGCUACCCUUCAAUGCUCGCAUCGAGUGGAACACGACCCCUGUGAGGCUGGCUGGAAUCAGGCACGCCAGCAUCGAGUCUACUCAUUGCCUCCUUGGAAGCGCUCGUCUUCUCCUUUGGCCGUCGGCUGACAUAAGUGUCGUUUACGUUGGCCUGAAGGCGCCCAACAGUGGCAGGCGCAGCUUCGUGAAGAUCCAUGACCUCUUCACGGAGCGUAUGGGUUUUUCUUUCGGCAUGGCUGGGCACCCGCCAGAUGUUACCUCUCAUCCCGUGCAGCCAAGUCAGGUCAACAACAAAGGUUGGAACGAGUUCAUGCUUCUUUGGACGGAGCGCUUUUUUUCGGUGCAUUUGAACCAGCAGCCCCUGGGAUUUGCUCACGUCCGUGCAGACCUGCCUGUAUCUCCCAGUUAUCAAUGCCCCGGCUGCCCGCUGCAGCUGUCAGAUUACGUCGGUGGCAGCAACCAGAUGUCUGCUCAUUUAUGGGGAACCUGGGAAACACCUUACCGCCAUGCAGGUGAGUUCUUUUUGCAACGUGGCGAAGAACUCGAAGCAGGUGAGGACAAGUUCGAGAAUGUUGUCCUACAGCUUCUGCGAGAGCAUCAAGAGUUCCUGCGAGAAACGCUUGUGGCACUGCUUUUUGUUCCGCAUCCACAAGCCAGGGAAGAUAUGAGCAAACGUGUGUGGGAGCGAGUCAUGUAUCGAGCCCGAGCCAUUCUUGAUUUUCUGAUUCAGAAAAAGGAUGUCUUGCUCUUCCGAUUCUUGCACGCAGAAGCUGAGCAGCUGUCUAACGGCAAGAGAAAUCCGCUCUUGCAAUUACAACAUCCUUCGGAAGUCGACAGCCUGGAGGAUUGGCGUUUGUUCGCCGUGGAUUGCGCUUUGCAACUUCACGUACUCUUGUUUGAAGAGCAUACGCCUCACAAAAACAAUCUUUCCGGGGAGUUGAACUACAGUGGAGGCGUGCUACCGCCGGAAAUCCUGGAAACGCUGCCCGGCUUCUUCUUCUCCUUCGGGUAUCUUCGGACGCUAGCAUGUGUUUCCCCGCAAAUGUGUCGAUGUGUUCGAAAUCGUGAGCAUUGGUGGAACCGCCGUGUUUUCUUGACGGAUAUCGAGUUCCAGGACGAACGCACUUUGCGCAGCAUGGUCUAUUUUUACACAGUUGCCCGCUUGUGCCUGGUGGAUGUGCGACAACUCGCCAUGUUUCAUAUCUUUCCUGAACGCAUGCUACUUGAUUGGACGGCUUCUGCGGCAAGAAGUGUCCCGCGUAGCGUGUAUGGGUUUACUUCAGACCGCCCACUCAUGGGGUUCGCAACAUUUGAUUUGGUUCUUCCAAAUCAUGCCGUGGGCCUUUACAUCGGCGUGCAGGCGUGGCGUGGGGCCAACAGAGCUUACUGCCGAGUGGACAACCUUUUCAGAGAAGACUGCUCAAUUUCCUUUGCGCUGAAUGACAUGGCUCCACAGCGUCUCGGCGGACGCGAACGCUGCCAGCUUCGCCCGGGGCAUUCCCACCGCGUGAAACUGCAGUGGGACCAACACACUUUCCGCCUUUCCAUUGACGGCGCAGGAAUCUCCGCAGCACUUCUUCCUCAAGACACCGAAGAUGCCGUGUCGCCGUUGGCCAGGGUGUUCACUUGGGUUCAUGUCAGACCUCGGCAACCUCGCGCUGGAGUGCAUUCUGCAAUUUUGCGACCUGUCCCAUCACGCGUGCGGCUAGAUCCACUCAUCCACUGUGCUUUGUGCCACAGAGCCCACAGAGGUAUUUUGCUUCCGCGCUGGGCAGUAUGUCCGCUCUGCGACUCCUGGAUUUGUGCGGUUCACUGUGCCCAGACACCGUGGCGGUUGUGUCCCCACUGUCCAAAUCAGCUCCUGGAUUACGUCGGUGGAAGUCACGAUCAGAACCUUGCAAACACAGUCAGCUUCUUCCACGCAAUCUCGCUGGAUGAGCAGGCAGCAACGUUGUCUUGCGUGGUCCACGAGACGGAAUACUGGCAAGACAAUUUGGGAGGCUCUCUCGCAAAGAGCGCGGUCAUCCUGCCCAGUCAUUCUCAGUGGUUCCGACUAUAA